AGAAGAAAUACACCAGGCUAGGCUAGCAGGACGAAUAGAUAGCAGCGCAGAGAGCAGCGAUACGGUCGAUGUAAACCGAGGAGGACAGCGGACAGCAGCGAGUCUUUCUCCGCCGCCGCCGCAGACGUUCAGUGUCGCAGCUCGGUAAAGGCAGCACCGUCCGGACGCUCCGGGACCUAAACACCGCCAACACCGAAGAGACGAUAAAUAACAGGCGACAUCAACAAGAAAGCGUUAGCUUAGUUUCAAUGUUAUUGUUAAUUAAAACCCACAUAUGCUCACAAUGUCCUGCUCUGGAAACCUGGUUUGGGAUGUAAAUAAACGCUUAAUUGGAUACAACGAGCCUAACGCCAUCAGGACCAACUAUUUAGGUAGAAGAGAAUUUGUCCAGAGGCUUAAACUCGAAGGGACACUGAAUGUACAUGAUGGCUGUGUCAACACUAUAUCCUGGAGCGACACCGGUGAAUAUAUCCUGUCGGGGUCAGACGAUACCUUUCUGGUCAUCAGCAACCCGUACAACAAAAAGGUCAAGAAGUCCAUACGUUCAGGUCAUCGGGCAAAUAUCUUCAGUGCUAAGUUCAUGCCCCACACCAACGGCCAGGAGAUCAUCUCCUGCUCCGGAGACGGCAUCAUCUACUACACCCACACUGAGAAGAGUCCCGAGGUCAACAGACAGUGUCAGUUCACCUGCCAUUAUGGAACAGCUUAUGAGAUUAUGACGGUACCAAAUGACCCCUACACGUUUCUGUCAUGUGGGGAGGACGGCACGGUGCGAUGGUUUGACCUUCGCAUGAAGACAAGCUGCACUAAAGAAGACUGCAAAGAUGACAUCCUGAUAAACUGUCGAAGGGCAGCGACCUCUAUAUCCAUUUCUCCCCUGGUGCCGUACUACCUGGCUGUGGGCUGCUCCGACAGCUCGGUGCGGAUCUAUGACAGACGCAUGUUGGGCACCAGAGCGACAGGUAACUACAUGGGCCGGGGGACGACGGGCAUGUGCGUGAGGUUCGUUCCAGCUCACCUGUCCAACAAGUCGUGUCGCGUAACUUCUCUCUGCUACAGCGAGGACGGUCAGGAGGUGCUGGUCAGCUACUCCUCCGAUUACAUCUACCUGUUCGAUCCCAAAGAUGACCAGGCCCGAGAGCUGAAGGGCCCGUCUGAGGAGAGGAGGGAGGAGUUGAGGCAGCCUCCAGUGAAGCGCCUCCGUCUACGAGGUGACUGGUCUGACACUGGACCUCGAGCUCGUCCCGAGAGCGAGAGGGAGAGAGAUGGAGAGCAGAGCCCAAACGUGUCUCUGAUGCAGAGGAUGUCGGACAUGUUGUCCCGCUGGUUUGAGGAGGCCAGUGAAGCUCAGAGCAGCAGAGGAACUCGGCCUCAGACACGACCCAGAGGAACUGCUGUCCGUCCAGAGGGGACGUCGAAUACUCCUGCUGCCUCUGCAGGAGCCUCCAGUCAGGAGUCCAGCAUCCCCGAGAGGCCCAUGGGGACGGACGCCCCAGAGGUACCUGCCGGUCCUGUCGCCGCCUCUGCCGCCAUGCCUAAAUCCACUUCCUCCUCCUCCUCAGGGUCAUCAUCAACAGUCACAGCACCUCCUCCUUCCAGCUCCUCAUCAGUGGAGAGUUCGGCCCCUUUUUCCUCCUCCCCCCCCACCUCCUCGCCUGACACGGAGCAGAGGAGUCAGGCCGACGCGACCGGGACGCCCACGCCAACGCCCACGCCCACCUCAGAACCCACACUCUCAGGAGCAGCAGAAGCUGCGGGUUCACAUCCUGAUCAGCCUGUGUCUGUACCAGUCGGCAACAGCGCUCCCACCACCUCUGCCACCAUCUCCACGACCAGCACCAGUCGACCCAGUACAGCAGAGCCAGUCCUCAGCCUGCACUACAGCUCAGAGGGAACCACCACCAGCACCAUCAAGCUGGACUUCACUGAUGAGUGGAGCAGUAGUACAUCCAGCUCUAUGGGCAGCGGAGGUCCCAAAGCAACCGAGUCUGUGGCGGUACAGAGCAGAGAGAGUCUGUCGACGCAGAGCUCAGUGUCAGAGCAAGCUCCCUCUGGGUCCUCGAGGCAGCAGAGUGCGCCCGCCGCCUCCACAGAGGCGCCGUGUGACGCCUCCUGCUCCAGUGCCUUUGGCAGCUCGUCAGCUCAGGCCCCGGCGGAGGGCUCCUCCGAGGGGGGCACCGUGGCUUCUGCACCACUUGAGAGGAGUCACCCCGAGGGCACGGAGGACACAUCAGGAGGCUGCAGGAGAGCGGAGCCCACUGCGGAGGAGGGAGAGGAGGGCCAGAGUCAGCCCGCACGAGGCAACCAGGACUCUGACGACAGCGAUGACGAUCCCAUUCUCAUCCCAUCGACGAGGUUCAGAGGUCAGGGACAGAGAUUUAAUUCCAGAGGAUCUGCAGUAGGAGAUAGGAUGAUCAGACGCUCAGCAGCUGCUCGUAUCCAGGAGCUGUUUCGCAGGAGGAAAGAGAGAAGGGAGAUGGAGGAGAGCGAGACCCAGAAUAUCAGGAGACCCUCAGUCAAAAUGGUUUACAAAGGCCACCGCAACUCCAGGACAAUGAUAAAGGAGUCCUGUUUUUGGGGCAACAACUUUGUGAUGAGCGGUUCCGACUGCGGCCACAUCUUCAUCUGGGACAGACACACGGCAGAGCACCUCAUGCUGCUGGAAGCCGACAACCACGUGGUCAACUGCCUGCAGCCGCACCCCUACGACCCCAUUCUGGCUUCUUCAGGGAUAGACUAUGAUAUCAAGAUUUGGUCACCGCUGGAAGAGUCGCCAUCUUUCAACAGAGUUCUCGCUAAUGAGGUAAUAACUCGGAACGAGCUGAUGCUAGAGGAAACUAGGAACACAAUCACAGUCCCAGCCUCUUUCAUGCUCCGAAUGUUGGCCUCCCUUAAUCACAUCAGAUCAGAUCAACUAGAAGGUGACCGCUCCGAAGGUUCGGGCCAGGAAAAUGAGGACGAGCAGUAGCCUGCUGGCGUUUAUUUUAAAGAAAACACUAUUUCUUUUUGCUGUAUAGCACUUGAAAAAAAACUGAGAUUUGUACAAGUAUAGUGUAGAAUACUUCCUUUUGAAAAUUAGUGUAAUUUCUAGCCCCCCUGUGUUUUUUUAAGAUGACUUUCUUACUGAUGUUUGUGUAUGAGGAUAAACUACAUCUGUGUGAAUGCAAAAGGCGAGGACGUCAGUAUAUAUAUAUUAAGUGUGAGAAUAAUGGCGGCUGGCGUGCAAGGAUGUUACGUGCAAUAUUAUUUUGUUAGGAGAAAGUGAGCUUUGAUCAGUGUUAACGUGUGACAUUUUGAAUUUGUAGCACAAAGCUAAAAAAUGUUGAUGUGCUGCUCCGGCAGUUACGCAUGUAAACAAGAACUUUAAGUAAAACAUACUUGGA